AUGACUAUCCCAGAUAUCACCCAGUUUGAUGUGUUCCCUACCACGGGAUUUCUUCCAGAUAAACUUCCUUUGGAACGUCUUACUCAAGAGUACUACCAGCCAUGGGAAACAGUUGUGAAUAAUCUCCCUUCAUUGAUUCUCACAAAGCGUAUCCGAUCGGUGAUUGACAAACUUCCGGUGUUAGAAACCACACAGCUUACUACUGUUGAAGAAUACAGAAGAGCAUACCUGGCCUUGGGAUUCUUAGCUCAUGCCUAUGUAUGGGGAACCGAUACUCCUACAGAUAAAUUACCACCUCAGAUUGCUGAACCUUGGAUUAAAGUUGCCAACCACUUGGGAUUACCACCAAUUGCAACAUAUGCCGGACUUUGUCUCUGGAAUUUCAAACAAAUCAUUCCUAGUGACGAUUUAUGGGACUUAGAUAACUUAACAACUAUUAAUACGUUUACAGGGUCCAUUGAUGAAAGUUGGUUCUACUUGGUCAGUGUUUAUUUCGAACAUAAGGGGGCAUUGUCCAUUACUACUGGUAUGAAUGCCUUAGAAUGCGCUCAAAACAAAGAUACCAAAGGGUUGGUUGAACAUUUGCAACAACUCGCAGAAUCUAUUGAUAUGCUCGGAUCUGUAUUGAUGAAAAUGGAAGAGAUGUGUGAUCCACAUGUAUUCUAUUUCAGAAUCAGACCAUACCUUGCCGGAUGGAAAAAUAUGACUGAAGUGGGGUUGAAAGGUGUUUACUAUGGUAAUGAAUCAUCUGUGAGAAAUUAUUCUGGUGGAAGUAAUGCACAAUCCAGUUUGAUCCAGUUCUUGGAUAUUUUGCUUGGUGUCAAACAUUACUCAACUGGUGAAAGACCAUCACCAUACAAGCAAACCAGUGGUGAGCUGAAUGGUUUCAUGGAUGAAAUGAGAAGCUAUAUGCCAGAGCCACAUCAAAAGUUUCUUUUAGAGCUCCAAAGAAUUACCACUAUCAAAGACUUUGUUCAUUCACAAAAUGAUCCUGAACUUAACUUAUCUUUUGAUGCAUGUCUUGCCAUGCUCAAGCUGUUCAGAGAUAAGCAUAUCCAGAUUGUCACCAGAUACAUUGUUCUUCAAGCCCAAAAACUGGCAAAAUUGGGGUCUACCGGUACUUUAAGAUCCGGGUUGGCAAGAGCUAAAAAAGAGGAAAGAGGCACUGGAGGCACCUCGCUCUUACCAUUCCUUAAACAAUGCAGAGACGAAACUGGUGACCCCGCUGCUGGUAACUGGGGUAAGAGAAUUCUUAGUGAUGGUGUCAUGAGAUUAAACUAUUCAAAACCAAAUCCCCUCAAUGAAUAG